AUGAAAAUAUUUUUUUUAUAUUUUUUUAUCUUAUUUCUAUUAAGAAAUUAUAAAAGAUUUUAUAUUACAACUCCUAUAACCACUGGUAAUUUUCUACUUCUUAUAGCUCAUCCUGAUGAUGAAUCUAUGUUUUUUGGUCCUACUUUAUUAAAUUUAAAAGGUAAAAUACGUAUUAUUUGUCUUUCAAAAGGUAAUACCCUUCUUAAUUAUACAAAUAUAAGACAGAAAGAACUAGAAGCACUUUGUAAUAAUUAUAAUUACAACUUAACUAUGUAUAAUUUUCUAGAUAAUGAUAAUUGGGAUGUACAAAAAAUUACCGAUAUUUUAUUUUAUACUUAUUUAGUAUCACCUUUUGACACAUUAAUAACUUUUGAUAAAAAUGGCGUAUCUAAUCAUAAAAAUCACAUAUCAUGUUACAAAGCUUCUUUUCUGUUUAGAAAUAUUUUUAAAAUAAAUACUAUGUAUCUUAAAAGCCUUAAUAUAUUUCAAAAAUAUAUUUUAAACUAUAGAUGUGGUGUAAAAGAAUAUGUGCUUAAGUUUAAAGAUUAUUUUUCUGUAGUUAAGAUGAUGUCUUAUCAUAGAAGUCAAUUAGUAUGGUUUAGAUAUUUAUAUUUAAUGUUUUCAAGUUAUACUUCUUAUAAUACAUAUCAGAAUUAA